GUGGCAUUUCGUGCCUGCCAGCUUUACUGGGGGCAUUGUCUACAAAUGUAUAAAAUACAAUCUCUCAAAACGAAAAGAGAGUAAAAAUAACAUCUGGGUGUGAGAGAUUUUGGGCUCCGAGAGAGAGAGAGAGAGAGAUGUUGGAGGAUUGGAAGGUGGUGUUGGUGGUCUUCAGCUUCUGCAUUUUGGGGUGGAGACCCAGUUCCAUUAAUGGCGACACAGAUCCAAAUGAUGCUGGUGUUCUAAGGGUUAUGUAUAGCAGUUUAAAUUCUCCUAAUCAGCUAACCCAGUGGAGUUCAACUGGUGGCGAUCCAUGCGGGCAGUCUUGGAAAGGCGUUACUUGCUCAGGCACACAAGUCACAGAAAUUAAAUUAUCUGGGCUUGGACUUUCUGGAUCAAUGGGGUACAGUCUCGACAGUUUGAAAUCAUUAACCAACCUAGACAUGAGCAAUAAUAAUCUUGGAGGCGGGAUACCUUACCAACUUCCUCCAAAUCUGCAGCAACUGAAUCUUGCUAAUAAUAACUUUAAUGGACAACUCCCUUAUUCCAUAUCUCAGAUGACUUCUCUUAUAAACCUAAACGUCGGUCACAACCAACUUCAGAACCAACUGACUGAUAUUUUUGGAAGUGGAAAACUUACUUCUCUCACCACAAUGGAUCUCUCUUUCAAUUCUCUGUCAGGUGACCUCCCAGAGGGUCUUAGCUCCUUAUCAAGUAUGACUUCAAUGUAUUUGCAAAACAACCAGUUUACAGGCACCAUUAAUGUCCUUGCCAAUCUUCCCCUGGAAACUCUGAAUGUUCAAAAUAAUCGUUUCACUGGCUGGAUUCCUCAACAGUUGACAGGCAUUAAUCUGCAGAAGGAUGGAAACUCAUGGAGCUCAGGUCCUGCACCCCCACCUCCACCUGGUACACCUCCAGCAAGCAAAACUAAUCCAAAUCACAAAUCCGGUGGCAAUAACAGCCCAUCAGAUGCAGGUGGAGGUGGCAACAACUCAGGAAUAGGGGGUGGUGGCAUAGCAGGAAUAGUGAUAUCCAUCUUUGUUGUUGGGGGAAUAGUUGCAUUUUUUUUAAUGAAGAAGAGAAAAUCCAGGAGGUCAUUGUCAGAUAAUGAAAAGGUUGAUAAUCAGCCCUUCACUGCUCUUGCCUCAAAUGAAGUGCAAGAAAUGAAGUCUAUCCAAACUUCAUCCACAAUUAACACAAAGGCUUUCGAUACUACUGUGUCAAUAAAUCUUAGACCACCACCCAUCGAUCGUCACAAAUCGUUUGAUGAGGAUGAUUUCUCAAAGAAGCCCACCGUUGUCAAGAAAGUUAAAGCAGCUCCCAUAAAUGUGACAUCAUACUCGGUAGCAGACCUGCAGAUGGCCACUGGCAGCUUCAGUGUUGAAAACCUUCUUGGUGGGGGGUCUCUUGGACGAGUUUAUCGAGCUCAAUUCGAUGAUGGGAAGGUUCUUGCUGUGAAAAAAAUCGAUUCAUCUGCCCUUCCCAGUGAAUUGUCAGAAGAAUUCAUAGAGAUGGUUUCAAACAUCUCCCAGUUGCAUCAUCCAAAUGUCACAGAGCUAGUUGGUUAUUGUUCAGAGCAUGGACAGCACCUGCUAGUCUACGAGUUCCAUAAAAAUGGCUCACUGCAUGAAUUCUUGCAUCUGUCUGAUGAUUACAGCAAGCCGUUGACUUGGAACUCCCGUGUCAAGAUUGCUUUGGGAACUGCACGUGCACUAGAGUAUCUGCAUGAGGUUUGCUCUCCAUCAGUAGUUCACAAAAAUAUCAAGUCAGCCAACAUAUUACUGGAUGCAGAACUCAAUCCUCACCUUUCAGACUGUGGCCUGGCAAGCCUUGUCCCAAAUGCAGAUCAGGCAUUGAACCAUGAUGCAGGAUCUGGAUACAGUGCACCUGAGGUUGCCAUGUCUGGUCAGUAUACUCUAAAGAGUGAUGUAUACAGUUUUGGAGUGGUAAUGUUGGAGCUUCUUAGUGGUCGUCAACCAUUUGAUAGUUCAAGGCCAAGAUCUGAGCAAUCCUUGGUUCGAUGGGCAACACCUCAGCUCCAUGAUAUUGACGCUCUUGGCAAGAUGGUUGAUCCAGCGCUCCAAGGGCUCUACCCAGUUAAAUCACUCUCCCGGUUUGCUGAUGUCAUUGCUCUUUGUGUCCAGCCGGAGCCUGAGUUUCGACCACCAAUGUCAGAAGUUGUUCAAGCGCUGGUUCGGUUAGUGCAGCGAGCUAACAUGAGUAAGAGAACAAUUGGAAAUGAUCAAGGAGCAUCCCAGAGAGGUGACACCCCAGGCACUAAUGAGUGAAUCCAUGCUUCAAAUGGCUGCAAAAUUCUUGUUUGAUUAAACAGAUCAGAAAAGCAAAAAAAAGUCACGUGGUUUGUCGUCUUUUUUUUUUUUUUUUUUUUUUUUCUUCUUCUUCUUCCUGUUUACUCUCUAGAUAUAGCUUAUCCUUCUGAGUUAUUUUGCUUUUCCUGUAUUAUUUGAAACUAUAAGUAGAAGCUUGGUGCAAUCUGUUGUUGAUAUUACAUGAUAUCAUUGCCGAAAAACAGUAUUGAACUGGGAGCUUUGUGCACUGGUAUAACCUUUCAUUGCAAUGGGUUCUGAACUAAUUUGAGGCUUAACUCCAAUAAGAUAUUUAUUUAUUUAUUUA